AUACACUGGAACAAAAAGUCGGAGCGUCAACAAAGAAAAGGUGUUUUGUUUAUUGUGACGAGAGAAAAAAAAGAGUUGUGUUUGCUGAAAAGUAGUGAAAAAAUUCACCGCCCGAGACCAUGUGUAUCGAUGUAGCGAGUCGAAAGCCGUAUGGAUUUCUGUUUAAAAAUGAUUUAAAUGAAUUCAUUUACAGUUGCAGUCGAUGUGACGAAGAGUUUAGUGCGAGUAAUGAUUUGGAGCAGCACACGGUCGGUCAUGAUGUGAAAGAGGAGAAUGAAGCGGCCACAAAUCAGGAGUUGGCCAUUGAUUUGGAACCGAUUGAAGUAUAUCCGCCGAGUUAUUCACCACCAGAAAAUGUCAAAAAUGAGGGAAUCCCAUUGGACAACAGUACAAAAGAGGAGAUGGCCAUUUAUUUGCCGUUUGAAUCACAGAAACUCGAGGUAACAAUGGACGAAAAAGAGAGUGACACCGAUCCUGUUGAACCAUUAGGCGAUGAUUUUAAUUCGUUUGAAUUCCAAAACGAAUCAUCAUCGGAUGAAGACUUUUUUACGCCGGCAACCAAGAAAAAAGCCACAAAAAAAGUUGUGAAAGUUACAAAAGAAUCGAUGAAAAAAACAUACCAUUGUGAAAUAUGCUCACGCGUGUUUACAUCACUCGCUCGCAUUAAACAACACAUGAUUGCCGGACACGUUAAGAAAAAGAAACCGACGAAACGACCACUCAGCCCAACGUUGUGCACACUAUGUGGCAAACACAUUCGCGAUAUGAAGAUCCAUUUAAAAACUUUCCACUCGACUGAACGACCGUUUAAGUGCGACUUUUGCGAAGCGACAUUCAAACAGAAAGUUCAUCGAGACACACAUGUACGGCAACACACCGGCGAAAAACCAUACAUUUGCCACUUAUGCGGCCGAAGCUACCAUGCACAAAGCGUUCUAAAUGCACACAUGAACCGAUAUCACUUGCACUUGAAGCCACACAAAUGUGAUCGAUGUGGAAAUGCCUAUCGACAGCUCUACGAACUACGGGACCACAUCAAUUUGCAUCAUCUCAACCAGAAAAUGUACCCGUGCGAAGUGUGCGAACGACGAUUUGGCACCAGAAAGCAUCUUCACCAACACAUGCUGAGCCACGGUGAAAAACGAUUCCAGUGUAAAUUUUGUGAUCAGAAAUUUGCCACCACAUCAGGUCGAAGGGGCCAUGAAAUACGGAACCAUGGAGCUAUUUAAAUUAAAUGGAUCUAUGAUAUUUAACAUAAUUGUGAACUAUAGUUCUAAUGAAUAGACGGCACCUCACUAACAGAGUCGAAAAAUAGAUAUUUGUUUAAAUUCUAUUUGGACAAUUACGAAAUAGGGAAUUUCAGCACAGGAUUUCGUUGAUAAAUUACAAAAAUAAUGAAAUUUUAAUAAGAAAUUAAAGCAUAGACCAUAGCCAAUGGCCUAUGUGACUUUAAUAAAAGUCUCCAAUGCUGCAUAGAAACGGAAUUCCACCAUCAAAUUUAUACAAAAAAAAAUUGACAACGUAAACAAUAAAUGUAAUAUUGACCUAUUUCUACUAGUUAAAAGCGACAUUCUUUCAAACAGACUUCUAUGACUGUCUUCACGACCAUUCUUUACGAUAAUUUUUUUUUGGCAAAUUGUCAAUGACAAGUAAGAAAGUGCAACAAAAAAUUGAUUUAAUCAAUUUUGACAUGGAAUUUAUUCAAUUGAACAGUGUUUAUUUAGGCUUUAAGGCAAUUUGAUUUAGAAAUGAACGUACACAGCUUUAUUUGAUUAUUUCUGGAUUUUAUUUCAAUUUAUUUUUAGACUGAUUUUAUUCAGUUGAGAUAAAAAAAAAAACAUUUAACAAAAAAUUGAACACUUUUUUCAUUUGCUUUUUUUUUUUGCUUUGAACAACAUAUUGUGUUUAAAUUAAAUUGUGUCAAAAUUAAAGUAUAAAAAAAUAUUCUGAAACAAUUAAUUUUAUUAAUUAAUUAACAAUUAAUCAUAUUUUGAAUUUUAAAUUUUAAAUUUUUUUAAAUUAAACAUAUGUUGAAUUUAAUUUGAAUGUAACAAAAAAACUCAUGGGAUGAAAAAAGAAAAAUUACAAAAUAGCCGAUUAAUUAAAAAAAAUGAAUGUUACACUGGAUUGUCUAAUACUGAACAGGGCAAUAAAUUAUUAUUAUUAAAAUUAAAUAAAAAAUUAAAUAAAAUUAAAUUCCAUUGAG